AUGCCUCAAAAACUGACUCUCGCAGUCUCCCAAUCCCGCACCCUCUCCACCCUCUCCUCCACCCUCUCCUCCCUCGCCUCCACAACACGACUCGCAGCAAGCCAAAACGUCGAUCUCAUCCUCUUCCCCGAAGCCUUUUUAGGCGGAUAUCCUCGCACCGCAGCCUUCGGAGCCACCGUCGGAUCGCGCAGCGAAGCAGGUCGAGAGCAAUUCCUCCAAUACUUUCACAGCUGCGUAGAUUUAGGAGAUACACCCACGGGAGCAGGCGAAGAUUGGAUUCAGAAGAAAAAUUUGCCCAUAGCAGAGGGAAAAGAGUGUCGAGGAGAUGGGACACGAGAAUUCUUGGAGCAGGUGGCGCGAGAGACGGGCGUGUUUGUGGUGACGGGAGUGGUGGAGAAGAGUGGUGGAACACUAUAUUGUGCAGUAGUCUACGUCUGUCCUCGACGGGGAGUAAUAGGGAAAAGGCGCAAAGUGAUGCCGACGGGUUCGGAAAGAUUAGUGUGGGGACAAGGCUCACCUGCGACGUUGAAAGCCAUCACGACCACCAUCCGGAACGUCCGAGUCGUCAUGGCGGCGGCGAUUUGCUGGGAAAAUAUGAUGCCGUUGCUGCGAUACAGCCUGUAUAGUCAAAAUGUCAAUUUAUGGUUGGCUCCUACUGCCGAUGCAAGAGAUACUUGGCUUCCACUCAUGCGAACUGUAGGGAAUGAAGGGAGAUGUUUUGUAUUGAGCAGUAUUUCAUGUCAGAAACGAAAAAACCUCCCCGAAUGGAAGGAAGAUGACGACGACGAGUUUGUCUGUCGUGGUGGAUCGUGCAUUAUCGGACCUUUUGGCCAAGUGUUACAGGAACCACUCUGGGACGUCGAAGAUGGCGGAUUGUUGGUGCAAGAGGUCGACUUUGAAGAUUGCGAACGUGGGAGGCUCGAUCUUGAUGUCGCUGGGAGCUAUAGCCGGAACGAUGCCUUUAAACUCACCGUUGAAGGGCUGGACCUGAAUCCGCCUCCCUCAUAG